ACUCCAUGGGAAAUGCUAAUGGCCUCUGUCUUUAUUUGAAUAAAGUUACAGGAGUCUGUCUCCUUUUCGACAUAAACCUCUGGCAUCAUGGAUAAAUUUUCCUGACAGAUUCUUCAGGAUUCAGGCAGGGAGGACAACUCAGCAAAGGCAGAAGGAGAAAAGCAGAGCUGCACCCUGGGGCACCAUUUGAGUAUUUGCAGAUUUCCUUUGUUCAGGCUCUCACACGAUGUCCUUUGGAGUGUGUCCUUGCCACCUCAGGAAUGCUCCCAGGAUGGCGGCCUGGUCUUGUCAUUGUGCCAAUGAAAGAACUGCUGCCAAAACAGAAGGCUGAGAGAAUUUCUUCCUGGGUUUGGAGCCCCCGUAGAUAGGACAUAUUUUACAGGGCAAGCAAGGCAGAACAGUUCCACAGUCCUAAGCACAGGUGCAAAGGGUCCUUGUCUCUAUCACCCUUGAUCCAGGAGGGCUGCAGAGAGUACAAUCUCUGACAUUCAAACCAAAAGGGACAAAAUAUUAUGCAGGCCCUUGCCAGGAUAUGAUGGCCUCUCCCAGAAAGGCUGAUGAGAAGCCCACUGGACAGAGUAAAGGGACUGCCACCUGAGGAGAUCUUAAAGGGCAGAGUCGUGUUGUGGUUGCUCACAGCAUACUCAACAUAUCAGCUAACCCUCAAACUAACAGAAGUUAGUUCCAAAAGAAAAAAGAACUGCUUGUCCUCAGUGUUGACGAUAUCCAGAGGCAAGAAAGGGACGACUGUGCAGCAUGGCCCACAUGGUGAUGGAUCCUGGGCUCUCUUUAGUUAUCACAGGGUUACUCUGGCCCUUUUACUCCACUCUGGAGGGACAGAAACUCCAGCUCCUUCCUGAGGUUGUGGGGAGAAGCACAAAGGUACUGGCUUCCAGAAAUACAGAAACUUGGGAAGUGGAGAGGGACCUGGCACUGUGGGCAAGUCCCAGCAGGAGCGGAUGCAGCUGGAGCAAAACAUUCCUUUCUGCUUCUCCCUGAAGCGGUGACACAAUCCACAGGGGUGGGAGACUCUCAACCUGGGCUGGCCACCAGCACCCAGGUUCUCCAAGUCCCAGCAUUGCCCAGGGAAAGGCAGUAACAGGAGGAGACAUCAUCCAGCCACAGACAGUCCAUGCUGACUGUCCCACCACUCUGCUCCUCACAGAAAACCUUGAUAAGAUGUCAGGAGCAGGGAUGAGACACAGGGCUAUGGACACAAGAUGCAGGUGGCCAAGGGAGAGCAACAUGGAAAUGCAGAAGUUGAAAACAAGAAAAAAAAUUUUCUACUUUCUACUGACAAGCAUUCAUGGGGUCAUUGCCUGCUGAUGGAGGAUGACAUCAGUGAGAGGCAGAUUGUGACAUCUCGUCCCUCCCAACUUAUAUUCAGACAUGGCCAGAGCUGGAGCCAGUCUGGCUCUGGUCUGAGCUCCUACCAAGCAUGACUGCAAGGCAUGGAGGGUUGAGCCAGUUUUCUCUAGUGCUGAGUGGUGUCUUUUCCUGGCAGGUCCCAGUGGCUGCCCCAACCAGGCACUGUGGGUGUUUGCAGCACUGAGGGGUGUGACACUGGCAACAGAGAGCAGCUCCUGGUCCUCAGCUCUCCCCAUGUGCUGCAGAGGCCAAGUAUGGCCACAGAGAUGAGUGGCAACUGUGCCAUCUGCCAGGACACCUGGGAUGAUGUGGCUUCUGCUCUGCCCUGUGGCCACUGUUUCUGCCGAGGCUGCAUCCUGCAGUGGGCACAGAUAAAUCCUGUGUGCCCACUCUGCAGAAUAGCAAUAGAGACUGUCAGGGUUUCUGACAAUGCAGGCGAGUCCCUGGACAAUGUCAUCAAAGCCCCUGAACAGCUGCCAGUGGCCAUGAGCCAGGCAAGGAGAGCUCCUGGCAGCCAGAAUGAGAACAGCCCCCAACCCCCUGUGCUGAUCCAUCCCUCUUCUCCUCAAGAGACACCAGCCAGAGCUGUGGGCAACGUCCUGCCUGAGAUCUGGGCACAACUUUUCCGUCGACGAUGGGAACUUCUGCACCCUGUGCGGACUUGGCUGCGACGAAGGACAGAGACUGUGUACAGGGAGCGGUGGUGGCUGGCAGAGAGCUGCAUCCUGUACAUGCUCCGUGUAUAUGGGCCAGACCGGGACGUCAUGAUCCAGAGUUUGCAGAGCAUCCUGGAGGAACACACAGUGACAAUGGUCCAGGGCACCAUCGACAUCAUUGUGAGACACUGUAGCUCAGGGGCACAGAGGCUGCUGCGCUGUCAUGCUGCUGCAGAUGAGGAUGAGAGACCAACAGCCAGCAGCAGCUCCAGCUCCAGCUCCUCCAGCUCUCAGAUGGGGACUCCAGCCAGCAGCAGCCUUGCAGUCUCCAUGGAGGAGGAGGGAGCCACCACAGGAGAGGCUGCCAGGCCCAGGGGUCACAGCCACCCACCAAGUGAUGCCAUAUCCACAGGACAGGACCAGCCCCAGGAGAAGCCAGAGCAGAAAGUGUGAUGUUGGCAGAUCCCUCUGCCCAGAGCAGUAGGCCUAGAUCCUCUGGUCCCCAGUGUCCCCCAAAGAGGAGGGGCCCUGAUGCCUAGGAUUCUCCCCCCACCUACAAGAGGUCCCCCCACUGGCAAAGCUAAAGAGCCCUUGCAACCCUUUACUUAAAAAAAAAAAAAAAA